UACUGAUGAAUAAAAAAAUUGUCUCCAGCAAAAAGGGCACUUUACUCAUCCAGGGCAAAAGGGCUGGUGCUUGAGCACCACUAGGGCUCUACCUGUGCACGUGCCUGCGUGGGAGGACUCGUACCAAGAAAUGAGCACGGCCUCAGUGUGCCAAGAUAUCUUCUUCCCGAUGUCGGACACCUUGGCUCGGGCGAACGUCGCACGCUUCAUCCUGGGCUUCGUUGUUCCCUCUCUCCUCAUGCUGUUCUCCAACUGGGGGAUCUGUCAGGCCGUGAGGUCCAACCAGACCACGGAGGAGCAGGAACGGAGACGCCUUUCCAAGCUGCUGACUCUCUUGCUGCUCUCCCUCUUGUUCUUCUUCGGACCGGUCCACGUCAUGAUGCUCCUCCGCACACUAGUGGAGGACUGCAGGAAUCUGGCAUGGCUCCUUUAUCCUUACAAGAUCAGCAUCGCCAUGUCAGCCCUCAACUGCAUUGCAGACCCUCUCCUCUACUGCUUCAUGACCCGGACCGGGAGGGAAAAUGUCAAUCAGGUUGUCCUCUUCUUCCAGGUGAAGAAGAGGAGCAGGUAUGAAGAUGUAGUUUAGAUUUAAAUUAAUCACGGGACUAAAUAAUGUCACGACCUUGUAAUAAACUUAACAGUUAAGAAAAGAGGACCUUGUCAUAAGUACCAUCAUCUCAUCAUAUUCCACAUCGGGAUGUAUUUAGGCCUAACUACUCACACAUGGUGAUCUUAAAUGCUGUGAAUUCGCAAAUGACUGAAGAAGCAUUUCCCCCUGAAUGACAGUGAACGUUACACGUGCUGGUCGCUGCGAGGCGGCUGAGAGGAUAUCUGAAGCUCUCUAGUGGUCAAUCCUGUGUACUGCAGCCUCUUCCACAGUUUAGAUUUGGACAGUUGAUGAUUUCAAAUAGAAAUCCCUUGUUUUAUUGCAUAACCUGUAGUUUUGUAUUACACCAAUCAAACACAGAAAUACAUGGUCCUCUUUUAUCUUUACUCUAACAACAUGACGCAACAUUAUACACUCUGUCACAUUCAUUGAAUGUAUUUUAACUCUAAAUCUGUCCUUCUGUACACAUGACAUCUAUUGCAUCUGUCCAUCCUGGAGAGGGAUCCUCCUCUGUUGCUCUCCUCCAGGUUUCUUCCCUUUUUUUCCCCCUGAAGGGUUAUUUGGGAGUUUUUCCUGGUCCGAUGUGAGGUUUUGGGGCAGGGAUGUCUAUGUGUACAGAUUGUAAAGCACUCCGAGACAAAUUUGUAAUUUGUGAAAUUGGGCUAUACAAAUAAACUGAA